UAUUCGGGGUGUCGCUUAGUGGGCGCUGCUUUGUGCUUUAAGACUCUUUUUAUGACCGUUCAUCUUUAACCUUUGGAUGUACGCUGAGUUUAUUACGCUACACCGUCAUUCGUCCAAUGAAAUGCGCGGUUGACGAGCAGAUCAACUCCGUCAUUGUCGGGAGAACUACAAGUCAGAGCAGGUAGAAAACGGAAUUACACACUUCAAACCUCUCGCAGACUUUAAACCGGGCAGUGGCAUUUAUAACGUUGCCAUGAAGAUAAUGUGCUGAAAGAGGUUUAUUUGUUGCGGAUUAUAUAAAUAUAUUUGACUCUCGUAGUGCGUUCCCCCCUCAGCGAUAACUUUUGACAAAUACCGUCUGCAACAAAAUGGCAAUCGAGAUAAAAUCAACACGCUCUCUUCUAUCCGAGUGAAAAACGUCCGCAGAAACAAGAUGUUUAGUCUCACUGAAGUCGCCUCCCUUAAUGACAUCCAGCCAACCUACCGCAUUCUGAAACCAUGGUGGGAUGUAUUCAUGGAUUAUAUUGGCAUAAUAAUGUUGAUGUUAGCCAUAUUUUCUGGGACUAUGCAGUUAACCAAAGACCAAGUGGCAUGCCUUCCCAUUCUUGAGGAAAGGGUGCAAUCACAGAGCGCAAGGAACACAACAAAAAAUCCACUUGAAAGUUACACACCGGUUCUGAGCACGUCACCCCUAACAACUAAAGAUCUUUCUGGCAACGUUGUACAUGAAAUUCAUAACACCCAAUCUCAACCUGGGCCCAAAGGACGUAAAACAAACCUAGAUUAUCAGCAGUAUGUUUUUGUCAACCAAAUGUGCUACCAUGAUGCCUUACCGUGGUAUAACAAAUACUUCCCUUACCUUGCACUCAUACACACCAUAGUGUUGAUGGUAAGCAGCAAUUUUUGGUUCAAGUACCCAAAGACCAGCUCAAAGAUUGAACACUUUGUUUCCAUUUUGGGUCGGUGUUUUGAAUCACCAUGGACAACAAAAGCAUUGUCUGAAACAGCUUGUGAAGAUUCUGAGGGAAACAAGCAGAGGUUCACCGGCAGUGUAGUUUUCCAGAAGCACGUAUCGUCAGUGGAUUGCAACAAUCAGUCUUCUCCUUUGAUUGAAACUCCUACGGUGCAGUUUCCUACUGAAAAGCUCAUCGCAGAAGCCCCCAGCUUGACCAUCUUGGACAAAAAAGAUGGAGAACAGGCCAAGGCUCUUUUCGAGAAAGUGCGAAAAUUUCGAACUCAUGUAGAAGAUAGUGCCUUCAUCUACAAACUGUACGUGGCUCAGACAGUGAUAAAAGCUUUGAAGAUCGUUUUGAUAUUGAGCUAUACAUCAACAUUUGCCGCCAGGAUAAAUUUUGGUCAUAUAUGCAAACCUAAAAUCGAACAUUUGACUGGGUAUGAUCAAUUCUAUUGCACACACAACAUGGCCUUCAUGUUGAGGAAACUCCUCUUCAGUUUCAUGGCUAUGAUAUGUCUCUAUGGACUGAUAUGUUUGUAUACACUCUACUGGCUUUUCAGGAGACCUCUUAAAGAAUACUCUUUUGAGAAAGUCAGAGAGGAAAGUAGCUUUAGUGAUAUUCCUGAUGUAAAGAAUGACUUUGCAUUUCUUCUGCAUAUGGUAGACCAAUAUGACCAGCUGUACUCCAAACGCUUUGGUGUAUUUCUCUCUGAGGUUAGUGAGAACAAACUACGAGAAAUUAGCCUAAACCAUGAGUGGACAUUUGAAAAAUUGCGUCAGCAUGUAACAUGCAAUGCUCAAGACAAGCAAGAGCUUCACCUCUUCAUGCUUUCAGGACUUCCUAAUGCCGUGUUUGAUCUCACUGACUUGGAAAUCCUCAAGUUAGAGCUGAUUCCUGAGAUGAGGAUUUCAGCUAAAGUUUCUCAAAUGACAAAUCUUCAGGAAUUGCAUCUGUAUCACUGCCCUGCUAAAGUUGAACAAACAGCGUUCAAUUUUCUCCGUGACCAUUUGCGAUGCCUUCACGUGAAGUUUACUGAUGUUGGAGAAAUUCCACCUUGGAUUUACAUGUUGAGGAGCCUCAGGGAACUGAACUUGCUUGGUAACUUAAAUUCUGAACACAACAAGAUGAUUGGUUUGGAGUCACUAAGAGAUCUGAGACAUUUAAAGUCAUUGUACCUCAAAAGCAAUCUCAACAAAAUACCCACAAAUCUCACAGAACUGUCACCACAUCUCAUCAAACUGGUGAUACAUAAUGAUGGAACUAAGUUAUUGGUACUAAACAGUCUCAAGAAGAUGACAAGCCUGGUUGAUUUGGAUCUCCACAACUGUGAGUUGGAGAGGAUUCCCCAUGCCAUUUUUAGCUUGAUUAACUUGCAAGAACUGGAUUUGAAAACAAACCAUAUCAGAACCAUUGAGGAGAUCAUUAGCUUUCAGCACCUAAAGAGAUUGUCCUGCCUGAAAUUGUGGCACAACAAAAUCAUUGCUAUUCCACCAUCUAUAGGUCUAGUGAAGAGUCUAGAGUCACUGAUUAUCUGUCACAACAAACUGGAGACCCUUCCUCCAGCUCUGUUUCAUCUUCCCAAACUGAGGCACCUGGACCUCAGCCAAAAUUCAAUCUCUAGUAUACCAGUUGAGGUAGGACACCUGCAGAACCUUCAACAUUUUGCUAUCACAGGGAACAAGGUAGAGUUUCUUCCCAAUCAAUUAUUUAAAUGUACCAAACUGAAAGUGUUAUGUGUGGGUAAUAACAGCAUCCCCAACAUCCCAGAGUCAAUUGGGCAACUGAUACAACUGUCACAGCUUGAGCUAAAAGGAAACUGUUUAGACUGCCUUCCAUUGCAACUUGGCCAGUGUCGCCUUCUUCGCAAGAAUCUCCUCUUUGUGGAGGAUCAUCUUUUUGACACACUGCCUAUUGAGGUAAAGGAAAGUAUCAGUAGAGACUAAUGUGUCAUUAACUAGUGGUUAAUACGUGGGCCUCAAAGACAGAAAACAAAAACACAUGUGGCACAAUAGUAUGGAGGAACAUUGCACAAAACAUGUUUGUGCUUACAUCUGUACAGUUUGCUUCUGUUAGCCUAAUACAGACUAUGCUUAAAUUGACACUGUUUUGCAAUGUUUGUAACAAGCUUAGGCAAUGCAUUCAUUUAGUUACAGACAAGUUAGUUGGUUUAGUUGCCUGAUAUAAAUCACUUGCCCUGUAAAUAUUUGUAUUGUUUACAUUAAUUUGCAUUAUUACUUUUAGUAUAUAAGAACAGUGGAUAUUUUGGCUAUUGACCAAAGUGAAUUCCUAAAAAUAGGAUGAGCAUCUGUACACAUGCACAUACAUUUCAGUUUAACCCUUGUGCAUCAAUAAAAAAUGUUACUCAGAGGUCCUUCGAGGACAAAAAUGUCAAAACUGCCAUAAAAAUAUAUAUUAACAUCAGUCCUGAUCAUAACUAUCAAAUAUUCAUUCAGGAAUUAACCUUUAAAUGCUUGUUUACAUAAUGCCACUGUUGUUUUUUACACAUACAAAACACAAUACACCCACACAAUUUUAGCUGCAUAAUUUAUUCAAUUGGCCUGCAUUGCACUAUAAUACAGCUAACAGAAAAUAGGGGGGGGGAGCAUGUAUUUGCUUCAUAGGCUAAACAUAAAAAAAAAAUGACACCAAUAUAUUUUAAAGCCAUGGCUCCGGAAUGAUAGCAUUUCACAGAUUUUAUGCUUUAAUGGCACUGGGAUCAAAUAUUGCAGUUUUUAUAUAUUUUUUUAAUAUUUUUUGUCUGAAGGUCCUGAGUGUAACUAUUUUGUGUAUUUUAGAAACUGAGGUUGAAAUAUAUAAAUUCCCCCCAAAAAUGCACACCUUUGGCUAAAACCUAAGGUCGCACAAGGGUUAAAACUAAGUUACCAAAGGCCUGUAUGCAACAUAUUAUUUUUCUUUUUUUGCCCUUAUUUUUUUAAAGGUUGCUUUUGAUUGCAUAUUGUAAAGCAAAUAAUAAAUUAAAAUAUGUUUGUAUGUAUUAUGUGUUUUUGCCUUUCCCAUAAUUAUUUAUAGAAGUGGUGCUUCUCAACCUUUAAUACACCCCAAAAGACAUGAUCUAGCAUGACAAAAGACAUGAAGAAAGUUUAACUUUUCUGGCAACAAUAUUAUUGUGACAUGCUGUUGACGAUAUUGUAUAUUGUUUCCUUUAAGAGCGAAUCAUGUUGUGUCUUUAACACUGCCAAUUGUGCGCGGCUGAUAAGGGGCAUAUCAAGAAUUACAGAGUGCCAAAAUUGAGGAUGCACAUCCUGCACAUCUCUAGAUUGAAACACAGUGACUUUUUAAAGCUGCUGGGGGUUCACUGGUUCUCCUAUGCAUUAUCAUUAUGUUUGUAUCUUAGACUUCAUGCCUUAAAGAGCAUCUUAAAAGCCUUUAAAAAUGCACUCCCGUAUAAGUAAUGCAUUUAUAUAUAAACAUGUAUUUUUUUCUAUUUUCAUUGUUAUUGUCAUAAUGUCAUAUAUAUGGACUAGGCACAGAUACAUAUUACAAUAUUUAUAUAUAUAUUUUUUAAAUAGAUGAAAAAUUUAUCUGCAAUGCACUUAAACACAAAGGGCUUACCUUUGACAUUUGCAAAGAAUAGUACUUACCAGCAAAAAAAUUAAUAAAAAUGAAUUUG